CCAUGAACUGAAAUAAUGGAAAUCUGCAGGACCCAUGGAUCAGCCAGAGAAAAGUAGCCGAUGAGUAGUCUCGUUUAAUUUCGCCUUUUGUCCGUUUUAAGAGUAGUUUUAGUAUGACGGAGGUCUGUGAGGGUUUUAGUGAAAAGGAGGGCGGUAUAGCUAAUUGUUUUAUUUAGCUAGCAAGCUAGCGCUGGAGCUCUGGUAUGUUAGCUUUUGUGCUAGCAGGCUAGGAGAGAUCAGGGGGAGGGGAGAGUUCCUUUGCUUUGAAAUUGUUUCAGAUCAGCUAGCUUGUAUUAGCAUUAGCUCACCAGGGACUAAGCUUUUGGGGUGAAGUUUUUUAGUUUUCGAGCACGUAUUUUUCACUGCGUAUAUAACUUUUCUUUUGUUUGGUUAGUCUUUGUGGUCUCCAUGUCAUGUUAACGUAGACUAUUUAAUGUUCAGAUUAUGUAGCAGCAAGCUUGCGGCUAACCAGAUCAGACAAUACAUUUCAAAUAGGAUUGAUGAAUCGAAUCGCUAGAAGCUUACAGUUGACGCUAUCUGACUGCCUGUCUAACGUUAGCUUAGCUAUCAGGCUAGUGGUGGCUAGCGCCGGUUAGAAGUUGUCUGUUUGACUAGCGGUGGCUAGCUCCAGCUAGCAAGUUGAUCAGCGCUUUAACGGGAUAAUUACAACUAAACAUCGCCUCGCCAGUGAGUUAAGAAGAUCAUCUCUUGCCCCCGAUGGUGAUUGAGACAAUGGACUUUAACGUUACGACCACGCAGUGAAAGGAUGAGUUCGUGCUUUGUACCAAACGGGGCCAGUUUGGAGGAUUGCCACUCCAACCUCUUCUGCCUGGCUGAUUUGACCGGAAUAAAAUGGCGGCGAUUCGUGUGGCAAGGACCCACCUCUUCGCCCAUCCUUUUCCCUGUGACCGAGGAGGACCCUAUCCUGUGUAGUUUCAGCCGAUGCCUGGCGGCAGACGUGCUGAGUGUGUGGAGAAGGCACCACGCCCCGGGUCGCAGAGAGCUCUGGCUCUUCUGGUGGGGAGAUGACCCCAGUUUUGCCGAGCUAAUCCACAAUGAGCUUUCAAGUGAGGAGGAUGGUGAGUGGGAGAGUGGCCUGUCCUACGAGUGUCGAACGCUCCUGUUUAAGGCCAUCCACAACCUUCUGGAGCGCUGUCUCAUGAACCGUGGCUUCGUUCGCAUCGGCAAGUGGUUUGUUAAGCCAUACCAGAAGGAAGAGAAGACCAUAAAUAAAAGUGAGCACCUCUCUUGUGCUUUCACCUUCUUUGUACAUGGCGACAGCAACGUGUGCACAAGUGUGGAGAUCGCCCAACAUCAGCCUCUUCAGCGACUAAGCGAGGAGCAUCUGAGCCUCGCCCAGCAGAGCUCCAGCCCACUGCAAGUCAUCCUGAGCCCGUACGGCCUAAAUGGAACCCUCACUGGUCAGGCUUUUAAGAUGUCAGAUCACCCCACUCAGAAGCUCAUAGAAGAGUGGAGGCAGUUUUAUCCCAUCAGCCCCAAUCCCAAGGAGGUCCAGGAGGACAAGAUGGAGGAUACAGACUGGGAGGACGACUCCCUCGCGGCUGUGGAGGUUCUCGUCGCGGGUGUAAGGAUGGUUUACCCCUCCUGCCUGGUGCUCCUCCCCCUGUCCGACCUCCCUGCUGUUGUCCCCCAAGGUACAGCCAACCCCUCAGGGAGCCUGUGCGGUGCCCAGCAGGGUCAGGCUGUUCACAGGGAUCCUGCCAUGUCCUCAGUCACUCUGACUCCUCCAACAUCACCAGAGGAGGCUCAGACUGAUUAUCAGCCUGCUCAGAGGUGGCUCAAGUUGUCCUCUGCAUCCGAUGGCUUCAGCUCUAACAACACUCUUCAUGGGGGUAAAAUCCCUCGCAGGCUUGCCGGCCAGAUGGUUGAGUCUGUGUGGCAGGAGUACAACAUUAACCGCACAGGGCACAAAAGGAAGUUUACUACAUUGACCAAUGGCACCUGUGAGGAAGAGCCUGACAAAACUGGACUUUGGGAUUUUGUGGAGCCAGCUCAUAGGGCGCACUGUAACUGCUCAAGACAUAAGAAUCAGAAACAGCGAUCCAGCAGCACCUCAGGACACACGCCUUCAUCAGGCCAACCACCCCAAAUGACCCCCAAACACAAGCUGGGCGAGAAGCUUGAGAAGGCAGAGAAGCAGCAGAAGAGGCCACAGACGCCUUUUCACCACCGCAACUCUGUGAGCGAGGAGCAGUCCAUGGAGCCGCAGACACAGAGGCUUUGUCUGCGACCACAGGAGGAAGGCUCAUAUCCCAGCCUGCACCAUGUCGACACAGUGCCCUCCAAAGCACCCACACUGCACACACACGGCCCCCCUGCAGACCUCGUAGGUUCCCCGCCCCCGCCUCCUCUCAGCCCGCACCCCUGCGAUCAAGUAGAGGGCGAUGUGACUCCAGGUGGCAUGAAGAGCUCGUCUACGCCCAUCCACCAACCGUUCUACCCGCCGUCGGUGGAGCCCUGUCUGCUGCCACAGAAGGGCUCGUCUGAGGAGCCUCAACCAGAGAACAUGCCUCUGCCUUUCCCUCCAAACUACAAUGAAACUUUAGAACCUACCGUCUUUGUUGGCUCAGCCAUCAACCCUAAUGAAGACUCCACCCACAACCCCUGGAAGUAUUUCAACCUGCCAAGAAAGAAGGCAUCCAACUUCCAGACGCCGCAGCUACCUGUAGAUAAAAUGCGAGACGACUCUGGUGGAGCUGUAGGGGCAGAGACUGUAGUGUCUGUCACUGAGUCAAUGUCUGCCUCCACACAUAAGCUGAAAGUGUCUGAGGAGCUGGUGAACACUUACACUCAGCGGAGAAACAGCCAUCUAAUGUCUGCCAUGGGUGACGGAGAACAGAGUGAGGAGCCAGACCCUUAUGCAUUCGUUGAGGGAGAUGACGAGUUCACCUUUACUGAUAAAAAAGACAAACCUGGAGCUGAAAAAGAGAACAACAAAAAACACAAGGGCGAUGAAGGAUCUGGGAGUUCAGGAGAUGAUGGUCAGGGUCCUUCAGGUAAUAAACCUUCAGCGUCAACCAGCCUCAUUCAUGAGAACGACUUAGCCGUGUCCUACAGCGACCUGGAUAAAAUCUUCAAUUCAGAUGAAGAUGAGCUGACACCUGGAUCUAAAAGAGCUGGAGUUGGCACUGAAGACAAGUUUGGCUGUAAAGAGCCGAAAGCAGCCACGUUGGACCCUCUGUCUUGCAUAAGCUCAGCAGACCUGCACCAGAUGUUUCCCACCCCGCCCUCCCUGGAGCAGCAGGGUUACUCCCCCAUGAACUCUGGGAGCAAGGACAGCCUGGAAGCAGGGGCGGGCCUCACCCUGUUGGAUGGCAGCCAGCUCAAUAACCACUUCAAGAUGGAGGUGGAGGAGGGAUUCUGCAGCCCCAAGCCAUCUGAAGUAAAGGACUUCUCCUUUGUGUAUAAGACGGAGACGAGUCAGGCCUUCAUCGGCUGUUCCAUGUAUGCCCCCCUGAAGACGCUACCAAGCCAGUGUCUGCUGCCUGUCAAACUGCCAGAAGACUGCGUGUACACGCCCAGCUGGACCCUGGGCAAGAUGGAACUCGUACCGCCAGUGUCAAACGUCAAUCUUCUCACCAAAGACAGUAAUGUCCCCAGUGUGGAGCCAGACUACAGUCAGACCUACACCCCUCAGACUCACACCCCCUUCAUGUCCAGCAGUGCCCCUCCCAGCAACAGCGGCACCGGUAUCCUUCCCUCCCCAGCCACUCCUCGCUUCUCUGUUCCCACGCCGCGCACCCCACGCACUCCACGAACACCCCGCGGCCCAUCCAGUGUCCAAGGCUCGCUUAAGUAUGACAACUCUGACCUGUACUCCCCCGCCUCCACUCCCUCCACCUGCCGACCCCUCAGCUCUGUCGAGCCGGCAACCGUACCCUCCAUUCCCGAGGCUCACAGCCUCUACGUCACCCUCAUUCUCUCUGAGUCAGUCAUGAACCUCUUUAAAGACUGCAACUUUGACAGCUGCUGCGUGUGCGUCUGCAACAUGAACAUCAGAGGAGCAGACGUAGGAGUGUAUCUCAAGGACAACGGCGAGGCGCAGUACCCCUGCACCUGUGGCUUCAGCGCUGUCACCAACCGGCGCUUCGGCCAAUCAGCCGGGCUGUUCCUGGAGGACGAGCUGGACGUGGUGGGACGGGGCUCGGAUUCCAGCCGUGACACGGAGCGGUGUUUUGAGGAAUUGCGAGCGUUGCACAAAGCGGGCAGCCUCGGGGAGAAAGCUCCAGACGAGCUAAUCCUGCUGCUGCAGGACCAGUGCACCAACCCUUUUGCUCCGAUGGCAGGUGUGGAGUACCCCAAGCUAGGCUCUACUACCAGCUCUUUUCUGCGGGUGGAGGAGAGAGACUGUUACAAUGACUGCUACAUGGCUCUGGAGCAUGGCAGACAGUUCAUGGACAACAUGUCAGGAGGAAAAGUGGAUGAAGCGCUAGUGAAGAGCACCUGCCUUCAUCAGUGGGACAAAUGCAAAUCAGCAGAUAUGAACAAGCUGUUCUCUCAGGACGUCCUGCGGGUGUUGUUGUCCCUACAGCCUGUGCUGCAGGACACCAUUCAGAAGAAGAGGAGUGUACGCUCAUGGGGCGUUCAGGGACCACUCACCUGGCAGCAGUUCCACAAGAUGGCUGGGAGGGGAUCAUAUGGUACAGAUGAGUCUCCUGAGCCCCUACCCAUCCCGACCUUUUUGGUGGGCUAUGAGUAUGACUUCGUGGUGCUGUCUCCUUUCGGGUUGCCCUAUUGGGAGAAGCUUCUUCUGGAUCCUUUCGGCUCCCAGAGAGAUGUGGGAUAUGUUGUCAUCUGUCCAGAAAAUGAAGCUCUGCUCGGCAGGGCAAAGACCUUCUUCAAAGAUCUCAGUGCAAUGUAUGAGGCAUGUCAGCUGGGGCAACACAGACCCAUCUGUAAGAGUCACCCAGAGGGCGUGUUGAAGGUUGGCAGCACAGACAGGAGGAGUAUGACAGAGCAGCCCCUUAGUGACUGGUUUCUCAAGAUGGCUGCCAGAGACGGGAACAAUGAAGCCUUUAAUAAGCUUAAACUCUUUGCUCAAGUUUGCCGCUAUGACCUAGCUCCGUACCUGUCAGAGCAGUCCUUGGAUAGCUCUCUGUUGUCCCAGCGCAGCCCCUUUGUGUCCUCUUCUUCCUCCUCCUCCUCCCAGACCUCCAACUCUUCCAGCACCUCCUCAGGACCCCAGAGCACCAACACUACCAGCUCCAGCACCAGCUCUGCCCAGGUCAACAGCACCCCUCCUUCCUCCUCUUCCUCCUCCUCAGGCUCUCAGACUAUCGGAGGAAUGGCCUCAGCCAAGCCGAGCUCCUACUCGCCGUUUGGGACAGCGGGCCUACCGGCCGGUGCGUCUCAGAAUGGACCCCAGUUGAACUCACAAGUGGCAGCAGAAAAUGGACCCUCUGCCAGCCAACCUCAAGCACCCACUGAGGCACCAGAGAGCACAAUGGAGAGAGACAAAGUUGGGAAGCCAACAGAUGGAGAGUCUCACGCUGUGUCAUACCCUCCUGCCAUCGUGGUUUACAUCGUCGACCCAUUCAGCUACGAAGAUGCAGACAGAGAAGUCCACUCCAGCACCUACACGCUGGGUCUGCUGCGUUGCUACAUGGAGAUGCUGCAGUUCUUGCCAGCUCGCAUCAGAAACGCUGUCUCAGUACAGAUUGUUCCCUGUCAGUACCUGCUGCAGCCGGUUCACAGCGGAGAGCGCCACCUCUACGGCCAGCACCUUAAAUCUCUGGCCUUCUCCGUGUUCACACAGUGCCGCCGGCCUCUGCCCAACUCCACCAACUUCAAAGCUCUGACCGGCUUCGGCCCCGGUCUCGCAAUCGACAUGGCGCUCAAGAACCCAGAGAGGCCUGAGUGUCUGCGCCUAUACACGCCGCCCUUCAUCCUGGCUCCAGUCAAAGACAAGCAGACUGAGCUGGGGGAGACAUUUGGUGAGGCAUCGCAGAAGUACAACGUCCUGUUUGUUGGCUAUUGCCUGUCACAUGACCAGCGCUGGCUGCUGGCUUCCUGCACCGACCAGCACGGAGAACUGCUGGAAACCUGCAUCAUCAGCAUCGAUGUGCCCAACAGGGCUCGCAGGAAAAAGGGCUCUGUCAGGCGGGUGGGUUUGCAGAAGCUGUGGGAGUGGUGUCUCGGCCUGGUGCAGGUGACAUCAUUACCGUGGAGGGUGGUGAUCGGGAGGCUUGGUAGGAUGGGCCAUGGCGAGCUGAGAGACUGGAGUAUUCUGCUGAGCAGGAGGAACCUACAGUCUCUUAGUAAACGUCUGAAGGAGUCGUGCAGGAUGUGUGGCAUUUCUGCUGCAGACACUCCCAGCAUCCUCAGUGCGUGUCUGGUUGCCAUGGAGCCUCAAGGCUCUUUUGUCAUUAUGCCAGACUCGGUGUCGACAGGUUCAGUUUUCGGUCGCAGCACCACUCUCAACAUGCAGACGUCACAGCUGAGCACCCCUCAGGACACAUCGUGCACACACAUCUUGGUGUUCCCCACCUCAGCUAUGGUGCAGGUCAACACCAACACUACAGAGCCCAUCGACAUCAACUUCAACCCCAUAAAUCCUGAUGGAUCUGAUGGAAUGGGCAUCUUUGACCUGUUUGAUAACGAUAUGGUGGAUCCAGACCUCAUCAACAUCCUGCCCAACUCCCCCACGACUUCCCCAGUUCACUCCCCUGGCUCCCACUAUCAUCAGGGGGGAGAUGGUAGCAAGGGACAGAGUGCAGACCGUAUGGAGUCCCAUGAGGAGGCUCUGAAUAUCCUACAGCAGCCGAUGGCUUUGGGCUACUUUGUCUCCACAGCCAAGGCUGGACCACUGCCCGACUGGUUCUGGUCAGCGUGCCCUCAAGCCCAGAACCAGUGCCCACUCUUCCUCAAGGCCUCCCUGCACUUGCACGUGUCUUCUGUCCAAUCAGACGAGCUUCUGCACAGUAAACACUCCCACCCACUGGACUCCAACCACACCUCUGAUGUGCUCAGAUUUGUUCUGGAGCAGUACAACGCCCUCUCCUGGCUGACAUGCGACCCUGCCACGCAGGACCGCCGCUCCUGUCUGCCUGUUCACUUCGUGGUGCUCACACAGAUGUACAACUUUAUCAUGAACAUGCUCUGAACUGUGACAGGCUCAAACUGAGGGGAUUUUAACUGAUGAAUUGCAGGAUUCCUUGGAUCCCUGACAAUUAAAGGACCUCACACUCCAUCAGGGCAAACAUGGAGGAAGCACCCCCCUCCCCCUCCUCCUCCCUGGUGUAUCUCACACAUCACUGACUGACUGGAAGUUUCCAAUCAACCAAUCAAUCAACCAGAUGCCAAGAAUCCACUUUGGAAGAUCAAGGGACGUUUCAUAAAGGAGAAUAAAAUGUCUUUUUAAUGACUGUAGAUUGCAAUCUAUGAAAUUUUAUCUUAAUGAAAUGCCUGCAUAUAUUAUUUAUUGUAAGUUUUUAAAUGUGGAAUUUUUAAUGCUUAAUAUCUUUUAUAUAUUACAAAUCCUAGAGGGUGUGUACAUCUCACUGUAAAGGAAUUGGUUUAAAAAGUGUAAUUUUCUCGAUUACAACACGGAACAAACCAUGUCCGAGUGAAUUUGCUGUAGAUUGCUUUUAGAAUAUUAUUUUUUCAAAGGGUACAGACCUUUUUAUCGCCACGCUGUAAAAAUGAAGUAAAAGCUGGCCCCGGGCAUUUGUGUCCCACCCGACGAGUGGAUGAGACUUACCUCUCUGUCUGCUGCGGCUCCAGAGUCUCUCGCACAGUAACUCAAUGAGCUCUGAAGAGGAAUUAAAAGGUACAUUGUCAGAUUAUAUAUUUUAUAUAACAGAUUUAGGUAAUUGUGUGUGUAUAUGUGUACAUAUAAUUGUGUGCCGCUACUGAUGGUGCAGCUUCUGUUUUAGGAAUAAAGUGC